ACACAGAUCCAUGAGUCAGGAGCCACCUUGAGAGGAAAACGCCAAAAGGAGUGUGAAAGAGGAGAGUGGUCCAUCGCAACUUGUAGGGUCUGCGUGUAUGACAGUGUACACUUAUGGAAGUUUUUACUGUACACUCAUGUUCGAACCGAGGACGAGACCAGCAACCGACACUGAAGAGCAACCCAAUUUGCAGUGGCAAUAUCUUGCACCAUCAAACAUGGUGAAGAGCUGAAGACCUCUGAACACACUCAUCGUAGCAGACUGACAAUAUGCAAUCAAUCAAACAGGAGCUGGACUCCAGUGAGCCCUAUAGUGGGGACGAUGCUCUGGUCCUGGCUGUGGCUUUGCAAGGUGCCAAUCCAGAGCUCCUUGGCAACAAAAUGUCCCCUGUGCCCUUCAAGAUGAAGACGACCUGUCGGAGGAAGCGGGAGUUCAUCCCAGAGGAAAAGAAAGACAACAUCUACUGGGAGAGGCGGCGUAAAAACAAUGAAGCUGCCAAGCGGUCGAGAGAGAAGCGCCGCAUCAAUGACAUGGUCCUGGAGAACAAGCUGAUGGCCCUGGGUGAGGAGAACGCUUCUCUCAAGGCGGAGUUGUUAUCGCUCAAGUUGAAGUUUGGUCUGGUGAGCUCUGCUGCUUAUGCCCAGGAAGUCCAGAAGCUGUCUACCACCAACACUGCUAACCUGUACCAGGACUUUGUGAACCCCACUGCAAGACAAAUGGCAACAAGCAGUGAACCAGAGCAAAAUCAAAUGCGCAGUAGCUGCAUUUCUGUCAUCAAGCAUUUACCUCAAUUGCCUAAGUCAAGUCCUGCAGCUCAGGGUAGCUUUCCCAUCAAGCAGGAACCCGCAGAGAACACCUAUACACACGACAGCAGCAGUCCCUAUGAACGUCUGAGGAACUACAUGGCCAACCCAUUGUCUGCAGUCUACUCUCAACCUGCUUCAUUCCUGCAGAUCACCAGGUCAUCCAGCAACUCCCCCCAAAGCUCAGAGGAUGGUGCUGUGAGCAAGUCAUCCGAUGGUGAGGAUGAGCAGCAGGUACCCAAAGGCCUGCAACAGUCUGCCACUGACCCGAGGAGUGUGAUUGUAUCUACACACAAAGUGCCAGAAGCCAGCUCUUCAGCGCUGCCCCACAAGCUGCGAAUCAAAGCCAAGACCGUCCAAAUCAAAGUGGAGACUGUCGACCCAGAUUACGAGCCCUUGGGGAAGUCGUCUUCCCCAGUCGCUGUUGUGGAUCAAGAAGGCCAUCAAGCCAUUGAGGAGGAGUACAUCCAGCCCCCCACGUGUUCCUUGUCAUUACAGGUCAACAACAUGCAAGACUGGAUCCAAAGGACCGAUCGGUGGCACAAGAGCAGCUCCGAACCUUUGCAGAAUAGCCCCAGCAUUCACAGACUCAGUCCAAAACCAGCUUUGAAUCUAGACAAGGUUGGUGAAAAAGAAACUCCCUAUGCAUCUGCUGACACUGGCCACUCAAGUCCGCUUCACGGCCUUUCGGACCUUGCUGCCAACGUGGCCUCUUUGAAAAAAAUGAUUGCAACACGGCAAGGCUCUGUAAUUGAGACGGUCAAAACAUCCCUGGAUCAGCAGCCCUGAUGGCCUGAAUGAACUUUUGUAUGGUUUGAAUUUUCACUGAAUCUGCUAUUGCACUGUGUGGUUUAUCGCUGAGCAAUUCUAGAAUCACUGUUGAUCUUCUAACGUAAGUGCUGGUGAGCACAAACCACUGAUCUGAUACAUGACAUCAACACAGCACGUCUUUGGAAUGGCGUCACGCUGCACAGCUCAGUUAUCUCUUGUACUAUUGAUUGACACCACAAUUGCACUCAAAGUUGUAUCCAACACUUUAGAACUAUCAAAUGACCUUUAAAAAGAAUGAGUGACACCAGAUCUGCGCAGGGUGACAAGCCUGAAUUCUUCUGACUUAAGGUUGAUAGUUUGCAUUUGUAAAGGUUCCCAGCGGUUGACAAACACUUGGUUUUGCUCCCACCAAUACGUAAUUGGCAGAGCGGGCUAGGUAGAUGAUGUCGUGGUACAACGACUCUGAAAGCUUUUUUUUCUUGCACAAACUGUUCAACAGAACAUCACAAAUCAUCUUCACAGAUCUGGGGUCUCCAUUAACGAGAGGAUGCUCGAUCAUCCAGAACAGUUGAACGGCAGCUGCUUCAAAUGGAGAGAAGCUAAUCACAGUAGCUGCAGGGUGAAGCUUUGCAGGCAUAUCCAACCAUGUCCCUGGUAGAAGUUUUGUCACCAAAUGUAUUUGUGAAAUCCUCCUACAAGGGCUGAAGAAGGUCUCCAGUCGGUAGAAGGAAGUCCCGGCCACCAGACCUCUAGCUUAACAAAACCGAUGGAUAAAGAAACAGUCCCAAAUAUUUUGCACAAAAUAUGAAAACAAUGUAAUGUUUGGUGUUGCUUCCCAUAUAAUGUCAUAGAAUUUUACCUUAUUGAUUUUGUAAACAUUCUAGCAAAUACAGACAAAUGAUGGAGGACCAUGCAUUUUUAGCAUCUUCAGCGGAUGCCAUGUCUUCAUAACUGACUCAAAAGGAGUGAGACUGUAGCGCUUAUUUUUACUAUUGACAAAUGUGAUCCAAACAAAUUUGCUUGAAAGAAGUGUCUUGAAAUGGCAUUGAUGGCCAAGCCAGCCUGGUUUAUCAGCAAAACUAUAUGCUCCCACCGACCAUCAGAGCAGAGAAUUGACUACUUUUUUUUAUUUUACGACUUGCUUUUCAACCAUGGUAAAUGAAAACCUUUGUACAACAACUCUGCAUAAACUAAAAAAAAAGACAACGACUAUAGCCUUUUUAUAAAACACACACCAGAGGAAUGUGGCCUCUCUUUAAACAACUCCAACUAGCUGAUGCCAGGAGGGAUUGUCAUCAUGUGCACCGUUUAGUAGGGUUUUUUUUUUAAGUGUUCAGUCCUUCACUGUUCAGUUUGUGAUUUUCUGCUCACUUGCGUUUUGCAGCAACUCGCGUGUCCCGUUAUAGCUCGCGUCUAUUUUAUUUUUCUGCCUUAAAGCCGGGGUCUGAAAUGUGUGUGGUUGGUGUGUUUUGGUAUGCGUCUACAUCGGAAUGUGCAGGUGUAUUUAAAUGCUCCUGCCACUCAUUUACGUGGAUUAUGAUUGUCAGCUGACUUUUUUAGUUUUUUAAAAACAUUUUAUAGGCUUAAAUUAUUGUUUUAUUUUUUGCAUUGGAGCUGAGACUACAUGUCAAAAUGAGCUGGAUUAUGAGUGCAUAUUCUGCAGAACUGCGCCAUGACCUUUAUGUCAUGUGUCUUACUGGUCUGCAGCCUCUUAAAAAAAAAAAAAACUAUCAUCAUGAUGAAAUCCAAUUUUUGAAUCAAAAUCUAAGGGAAUGUAGCACAAACCCUCCUGAUUUUAGAGUUUUAUUUUUUAAGAAUGCAUAAAACAGCUUUAGCAUUUAACGUGACUGCCUCGGCUUUUUAUGUCAAACUGGCUUCAAUUGCAAUCACAUGCCAAAUACUGUUCUUACUUUAUGUUCUCGCUCAUUUUUGGUUGUCAAUGCUUUCAAGGCUGCUGGUAGAAUCAAGAGGUGUAAUGACACAGUACACAGUCAGUUCAUCAAUGUAAAAAAAAAAAAGGUUGUGUAUUUUGACACAUCGAAAUUUCAUAAUUGACAUUUUAUAAGAAUUCUGUGCCAUUUAAUGAAUUCCCAGCAUAUUUGAUGAUGUUUCUGCUUUUUGAUAGACGUUGCAUUGACAUUUAAUGACCUCUGAAAAGUAAAGCAGAAGUUCAUUUGACAGACUUCAUAGCUGCAGUUUGUUGUGUCUCUCAGUUUUACAGUAAUAUCACUUAAUGUUACACUUCAUUGGUCCCAGCAGCCUAAUGUCCAGCGACCUGUCUGAAUGCUCGUCUCAAGGAUUAUUGUUAUGGUGUUUUUGUUUACAAUAAACGUGCUGUUACUGAACUACCAUGCUUCUUGUUACUAA